AUGGAAAAUUUUGCUCCUCACCAUGGGCAGUUGCACUCUGCAGUGACCAGGAUCCAAGUUCAAAGACCUGGUUUCAAUUACACGUUUGCCCAUAUAUGUAUCCUGAACAAUGACAAGACAUGCAUAGUGGACGACAUAGUGCAUGUACUGGAGGAAUUAAAGGCUGCUCGUUCUUCUAAUCGAACUAAUUUUGCAAUCACUUAUCCGAUUACUCACUUAAAGGAUGGCAGGGAAGUGUAUAACGGGCAUCAGCUCGGUGGGGUUACUGUGCACAGCAAGGACCGGGUGAAGUCUGCAGAAGCCAUUCAGCUCACCUACUACUUGCAGGCAAUCAACUCCUUGAAUGACAUGGUUGCAGAGAAGUGGGAAUCCAUUUUUUGUGACACUGUUGAACUUUUCCAGAAAUCCAACAGGAAAGUCAAAAUGUAUCCUUUCACUUCUUCUUCGCUGAAGGAGGAUUUCCAGAAGACGAGCAGGGUGUCAGAACGCUACCUGAUCACAAGCUUGGUCCUUGUGGUCACCUUGGCCAUUCUCUGCUGCUCCAUGCAGGAUUGUGUCCGCAGCAAACCCUGGCUUGGCCUGCUGGGAUUGCUGACUGUGACCCUUGCCACCCUGACUGCAGCUGGGAUCAUCAAUCUCACUGGUGGGAAAUACAAUUCCACCUUCCUUGGAAUUCCCUUCGUCAUGUUAGGUCAUGGGUUAUAUGGGACUUUUGAAAUGUUGUCCUCCUGGAGAAAAACUAGAGAAGACCAACACGUUAAAGAGAGGACUGCAGCCGUAUUUGCAGACUCCAUGCUCUCGUUUUCUCUCACCACUGCCAUGUACCUGGUCACUUUUGGAAUAGGUGCCAGUCCCUUCACUAACAUUGAAGCAGCCAGGAUUUUCUGCUGCAAUUCCUGUAUUGCAAUUUUCUUCAACUACCUCUAUGUACUCUCCUUUUAUGGUUCCAGCCUGGUGUUUACUGGCUACAUAGAAAACAACUACCAGCAUAGUAUCUUCUGCAGAAAGGUACCAAAGCCAGAGGUAUUGCAAGAGAAGCCUGCAUGGUAUAGGUUUCUUCUGACAGCCAAAUUCAGUGAGGACACAGAUGAUUCAGAGGAAACGAACACUUACGAGAGUCAUCUUUUGGUGUGGUUCCUGAAACGCUAUUAUUGUGACUGGAUAACAAACACUUAUGUCAAGCCUUUUGUAGUUCUCUUUUACCUUGUUUAUAUUUCCUUUGCCUUAAUGGGCUACCUGCAGGUCAGUGAAGGGUCAGAGCUGAGCAACAUCGUAGCGACUGCGACACGAACCAUCGAGUAUACAGCUGCCCAGCAGAAGUAUUUCAGUAACUACAGCCCAGUGAUUGGGUUCUACAUCUACGAGUCAAUCGAGUACUGGAACACCAGUGUCCAGGAGGACGUGCUGGAGUAUACCAAGGGCUUUGUGAGGAUAUCUUGGUUCGAAAGCUACUUAAAUUACCUUAGGAAACUCAACAUAUCUACCGGAUUGCCCAAGAAGAAUUUCACUGAUAUGUUGAGGAACUCCUUCCUGAAGACCCCUCAGUUUGCCCAUUUUUCAGAGGAUAUCAUCUUUUCCAAGAAAUACAACAAUGAAGUUGAUGUUGUGGCCUCCAGGAUGUUCUUGGUGGCAAAGACAAUGGAAACCAAGAGGGAAGAACUUUAUGACCUCCUGGAGACCCUGAGGAAGCUCUCUCUCACCUCCAAGGUGAAAUUCAUCGUUUUCAAUCCAUCAUUUGUGUACAUGGAUCGUUAUGCCUCUUCAGUGGGAGCCCCCUUACAAAACUCCUGCAUUAGUGCUUUAUUUCUGCUCUUCUUCUCUGCAUUCCUGGUCGCAGACUCUCUGAUCAAUGUCUGGCUCACUCUAACUGUUGCCUCGGUUGAAUUUGGAGUUAUAGGUUUUAUGACCUUGUGGAAAGUGGAACUAGAUUGUAUUUCUGUGUUGUGCUUAAUUUACGGAAUUAAUUAUACAAUUGACAACUGUGCUCCACUGUUAUCAACCUUUGUCCUGGGCAAAGAGCUCACAAGAACUAAAUGGGUGAAAAAUGCCCUGGAAGUGCAUGGGGUAGCUAUUUUGCAGAGCUACCUCUGCUAUAUUGUUGGUCUGAUUCCUCUUGCAGCUGUGCCUUCAAAUCUGACCCGUACACUGUUCAGGUGCUUGUUUUUAAUAGCAUUAGUCACCUUCUUUCACUGCUUUGCCAUUUUACCUGUGAUACUGACUUUCCUGCCACCCUCCAAGAAGAAGAGGAAAGAAAAGAAGAAUCCUGAAAACCGUGAGGAAAUAGAGUGUGUUGAAAUGGUGGAUAUGGAUAGCACCCGAGUGGUUGACCAAAUUACAACAGUCUAACUUGAUUUGUUGGUUGCUUUUUUACACAAGGUCUUACUGAAAACAAAACAGAAAAAAAAAAAAAAGAAAAGAAACCAGUACUGACUAAAUAUCUGGGGAGAGGAAGGAGUUUGGAGGUUUUCCCUCCCUCCUCUAAGCUAAAUCCAGGAAUAUUCAAAAUUAUGGGAGAAAUCAAAAAUAAAUUAAAAAAAAAGAAAAGAGCCAGGGGAUUGUACCUUGCUCAAUUUUCACACACAUGCAAAGGGAAGUUGAAUUUUAGAUGCAUGAAGUAAGAUCUAAUGAGAGCAAUUGGGUUCCUAAGCAGUCAUCUGCAUCGCCUGUACUGCAGAUGCUGCAAUUAUUGUGGCUAAACCAAAUCAUAUUGAAAGGUCAACUGUCAAGGCUGAAGUAGCACUAAAUGUUCGCUGGAUGUAAAGGCUUUACAAACUUUCUGCACAGCAAUAACUCAAGUCAGUGAGUCAGCUCUUAUAAGUCUUAGCCAUCACAUUUAAUUUUUCUUUUCUCCCCUAAUCUAAACAUUUAUGCAAGACUAUAUAAAAGAUAGCAAACUGUACUGGGAAAGAAGGCAGUACACAGCAACCAAAUGCUUUCCAAACACUUUUAUGUUAUAAAUCACUUCUUUUUUUUUCUAAAAAUAUCAUUAUUUUAAAAUGGAAAUCAUCCCUUGUAACAUUUUUAAUCAUGGUUUUAUAGCCGUUUCUUUUUCUUAUAAAAACAAAAAAGAAAAAAAAAUAACAAAAAAAGAAAAAAAAAAGAACAAAAAAUCCAGGUGACUCUGUCACUCUAGAAAAUAUAUAAUUCUAUUUUAUACAUGUCUCGCUACUAGUUAAACAUGUAAUCUGCUUUACCAACUGCAAUUUUUUUAGCACUCUACGAGGACAUGUGAGUGGAUCUAGCAGCAGAUAGAAGAUGGUGUACUGAAUAUUUCAGCACCAAAAUCCAUGAUACAAACCUCAAAUACUAAAAUGUCAUCAAGAAAGUGAAUGUUAGGGCUCUUUUAGUGAGAGCCUCUUUCAGGCCAUUCACUGGUAAUGCACACUAAGAGGAUUAGUGGGUAGUUUUACAUAAUGUAUAACUUAAUCCCUCAAUCUUCCUAGAGUACCUGUAAAGCAAUAGACCUUAACAGCUAUGGGCUCUUCCAAGAGACAGUAGACCGUGAGAGUUGUGUGGAACAAACCGAAGGCUGUGACUGUGGUUUAGCAGCAGCGAGUUUAACAACGUCCCCAAAGAGCCCAUAUCUAAGGGGCCUAUUGAAAACAUCACUUCUGAGAGAAAAAAGAAAAAAAAAAAAACACAACUUAAAAAGAUUACAUUACUGAGUCUUUUUGGAGCUGUGAGUUCUAAAUCAAUAAUUCUGUCAGCAUCUGUGAUGUGGAGUAAUACAGAUAAAGCAGCAUCUCUUUCCUCCUCCGCCCCCUCCACCCUUAAGAGCGACAGGCUCAUUACUGUAAGGUUUUAUCAUGUGGUUGAACCCCAGUGGGGAUAUGUAAGCCAAUUCUGUAGGUUUUGCUGAGAGUAUUCCGACUAUACGUCGCCUGUGAAAACCUGGUAUCAGGAAGCUGACUGGUGUGUUGGGUGGUCUCAUGAAUAUAUGGACUGUUGCUUUGUGGUGCAAGUUGAAUAUAUUACAGCCAGAUUCCUUUUUGCAGCUCAUCCGGAAAGUAAGAGUACUUGAAAAGUUUUCAGCACUUGGCAUAAGGUUUGCUUCAGUGACAGUAUGUGGAGGGGAAGGGAUAUUGCAGGAGCCAUGAGGCUUGGACCACUGGGAGCACUGUGGCUUGGGAGGCUGCCUGUGGUACCUGCACGGUCAUUAGCACGUCUGUGGUCACAAACCCAGGGUAUGCUUCAUUGCAUGAAACAUCUCUUUAGCAUCCAGUCCCAGUGACCCCCAAAUGCCCUGUGCGAAACCCGCAAAUGCCACUGAGUGAAUGUUAAUUUUCAAGCAAAGAGAUAAUUCUGAAGCAUUCUUCCUAGCAGAAGAUAACCAGAUAUUUUGCCCUGAAGCAAAACGCUACAUGCUCACUAGCAAAAAAAGUCAGCAGCGCAGCUGGCAACAUUUACUUUCCCCUGGAUACGUCCCUUCUCUGACCAGAAGAAAGGAAGCUGUGUCCAGGAAUGCACAGGAUCUUUGCUUAAAUAAACAACAGUUGCUGCGGUAGCAGCUGGGAAGCUGUAACAACAACUUCAGCCUUGGCAGAACCCAGGUGGACACCUUGAAGACAGCCAAAUGAAUGUAAGACUAGGAAAAAGAUCUGUUUCCCCUGUUUUCUUUAGAGUCAGGCUUGGGGCUAUGUUUUCCAGCCAAAAAUCAUUCAUUAAAUAUGCUUCACUCUAGAUUUUCUGUGAUUAUCACAAUUUCAUUUAAAGAAGAGUCACCCUAUCUCCUGCCUGUUCAACAAGAAGCUGCAGUGGCUUUUAAACUUCUGAGGGCAUUAGCAAAUUAGUUGAGAGUUACAGAGGAA